UGGAGACUCCGCGGGAGCGCGGCCAGGCGGCCUCGCCCCGGAGCGGGCGCUUCCCGAGCCCGCUGGGCUCUCGGAGGACAGAGCGUAGACCUCUUCCUCCCGCCAGGAAAAGCAGAGAGUAUGAAAGCCUACCUAAAGAGUGCAGAUGGCUUUUUUGUCCUCAAUAAAAGUACUACUAUUGGAAAGCAUGAAGACUCAGACCUUGUUUUAGAGUCGGCCGACAUCGACAACCAUCAUGCACUCAUUGAGUAUAACGAGGCCGAAGGCAACUUUAUUCUCCAAGACUUCAAUUCCCGCAAUGGCACCUUCGUCAACAAUUGCCACAUCCAGAAUGUGGCUGUGAAGCUGUUACCUGGAGACAUCCUGAGGUUUGGGUCUGGAGGCCUGACCUAUGAACUGAUCACCGAAAACCCACCUUUGGUCUCUUUCCCAUGGAUGAGGGGCCCAACACCUUGGCCAGGGCCGCAGCAGCCAAACCAGUCACCCUCGCCAACACAGAUCCCCUUCUGUCCAGGCAUCUGGCCAGCGCCGGUGCAGAGGAGCUGGUCCCAGGGUUUCCCCAGGCCCACCAUGGCCCCGCCCGCCUCCCACAAGCGGCCCAUGAGCACCAGCGGGAAGACGUUCUCCAUGAUGGAUGAUGCCUACAGGGCGCCCUUCAUCAGGCAAGUGUGGACCAGUGCUGGGCAACUGUCAGAACGGUCCGUGGCCGAGGGAAUUCCCAGGGCAGGACCUUCCCGGGAGAUUUACGUGGACCAGGACCUGCCCCCGCAGGAUAAGGAUGAAAUCAUUCUGCUGCUGGGAAAAGAAGUCAGCCGACUCUCGGAUUUUGAGCUGGAAUCUCAAUACAAAGACGCCGUGAUAGCUAGCCUGCAGAACGAAGUGGCCAGCCUGAGUCAGAGGCUGUCGGACACCACCACCACCAGGCAGCACGAGAGGGUGACGUCGCAGAAGUGUCACGUCCCGGAUGAAGACAUCGAUGACAAACAGGAAGAGAUCCAGAGCUUGAAAAUCCAGAUCAGUGCCCUACAGAAGGGCUACAGCCAGGUGCUGUGCCAGACCCUGUCGGAGAGGAACUCAGAAAUCACAUCCCUGAAGAACGAGGGCGAGAACUUACGGAGGGACCACGCCAUCACGGCAGGGAUCGUGUCAUCUUUGCAAAAAGAGGUGUCAACAAGAGAUGAGCGAGUUCAACAACUAAUACAGGAGGUGAAUCAGCUCAAAAGUGAGCACAGAGAGAAGGAUCACCAGCUUGAAGCCCUGAGCUCCAGAUGCUCGGUGUUAAAAGAAGAGUUAAAAAAGGAAGACGCUCAGAAGGAGCACCGGGAAUCCCAAGAGAAAGAGUUAAAACUCUACAAAACUCAAAUCCAAGACAUGGAGAAAGAAAUGAAGAAGCUCAGGGAGGAGCUGAAGAAGAGUUGUUCUGACCAGACCAUGAUCUCUAGGACGCUGCGAGAAAAGAGCAAGGUUGAAGAGAAGCUUCAGGAGGAUUCCAGAAGGAAAUUGCUUCAGCUGCAAGAAAUGGGGAACAGAGAGACCCUCAUUAAAGUCAAUUUGGAAAGGGCCGUAGGUCAGCUGGAGCAUUUCAGAAGUCAGGUCAUCAGGGCCGCCUGCGGACGAGGGAGGCCGCUCCAGGACAAGCCCAUCACGGAUCAGCAGUUAAUAGAGAAGAUUACCCAGGUCACUGAGGACAACAUCAGAUUUCAGCAGAAUAAAUGGACCCUGCAGACGGAGACUGAGCUCAGCAAUUCCAAACAGGAGGAAACCACAGACAACAUUGAGAAGCUGAAGCUAUCUUUAGACAGCUGCCAGGCUUGCAUGAAGCUGCCCUGCCGUAGCAAUGACCUGAAGAAGGAGGUCGACCUCCUUCAGUACCUCCAGGUGAGCACACCUGUUUCCGGGCUCCAGAAGGUGGCGCUGGACAUCCUGCACGUGUCGCUGUCCUGGCUGGAGGAAACAGAGGGUCUCCUGCGGGACGUCGGGAUCCCGCUAUCCAGCUCUGACAAAGGAUUGUCAUUGUAUCUGAAAUAUCUUCGGGAACAUUAUAAAAAAGCUACAAGCCGGACCCAGGAACUUCAGAUCAAGCUCAGCAGCUCCCAGGAAACUCAGCAGUCUUUGCUGCAAGAGCGGAUGCGGGAGCAUCUGGCAGAGAAGGAGAAGCUGAUCGAGGAAAGGACACAGCAAGAGGAGAAGCUGAGAGCCAGAAUCAAGCAGCUGACGGAAGAGAAGGCGGCUUUGGAGGAAAGCAUUACUCAAGAGAAAAACAGAGCAAAAGCAGCGUUAGAGGAAGAACAGAAGAGAGUCCAAGAGCUGGAGAAGCGCUUAGCCGGCCAGAGGAAGGCUUUGGAGGAGCGCAUGACUCAAGAGAAGAGCAGAGCACAGGACGCAUUAGAGGAAGAACAGACCAGAGUCCAAGAGCUGGAGAAGCGCUUGACCCACCAGAAGGAGGUGUUGGAGACCAGCAUGGCCCAUGAGAAAAGAAAAGCAAAGGAGGCCUUAGAGACAGAAAAGAGAAAAGUUCAAGAUCUGGAGACCCACUUAACCCACCAGAAGGAGAUUUCAGAGAGCAGCAUCGCCUAUGAGAAACACAAAGCAAAAGAAGCCAUAGAGAAGGAAAAGAAAAGGGUGCGGGACCUGGAGAGCCGCAUAACCGAGCAGCAAGAGGAAAUAGACUUCCAAGCACAAAAAGAAGAAAAUUUAAAUAAUAAAUUAAAUGAUGCACUGGCUAUGGUAGAAGAGACUCAGAAAUCAAAGAUGGCUGAAAGUCUAAAAGCAGAGUGCCUCACCUUGAAGUUAAAUGAAACAGUAGCUGAACUGGAAACAGCCAAGACAAAAAUAGUCACGAUGGAGGAGCAGGCGCAGUUGCAGCGGUACACAAUAAAGGGACUCCAGGAAGAGCAGGAAUCACAGAAGCACUGCUUUGAAAAAGAAAUCAUGGUAUACAAGGAGCAAAUAAAACAGCACGCCCAGACAAUCGUAAGCCUAGAAGAAAGACUUCAAAAAGUGACAGAACACCACAAAAAAAUAGAAGGGGAGAUUGCAACUUUGAAGGACAAUGUCCCAGCCCAGGAGGAGGAAAUACAGCAAGCCCCGCCAGCAGCGCCUCCCCCGGGGAGCAGCAGCAGAGAUGCCGCGUGUGAACCCUGGAUAGAGGACUUACUGACUGCUCAGAAGGAAAUCGUGUCUCAGCAGGAGCUCAUCCUGACGUUAAGGAAAAACCUCACCGAAGCCCAUGGCCGAAUGUCAGAUUUGAAAGGGGAACUUAACGAGAAGCAGAAGAUGGAACUGGAGCGGAAUGUGGCACUGGUCGAGCAGCAAAGCAGCGAGCUGAGGAUGCUCAAGGCAAAGGUGGCGCAGAUGACCAGCUUGGUGGAAAAGAAACACAGGGAGCUGGAGGCUCUCAAGGAAGCACUCAGGGCCUCCCAAGAGAAACACAAACUCCAGCUGCACAAGGAGAAGGAGCAGAAGCCCAGGAAUAAGGCCCAGAUGUGUGACAUCUCGGUGCAGAUAGAACCAAUCCCCACCAGUGUGUUCUUGAGCAGCCAAGAGGAGCAGUCCUUCACUGAUCUAGGGGUCAAGUGCAAAGGGUCCCGGCACGAGGAAGUCAUUCAGCGUCAGAAAAGGGCCUUAUCUGAACUUCGCACACGAAUUAAGGAGCUGGAGAAGGCCUGCUCAAAACCCAAGGACCACCUGAAUGAAUCCUUUCUAGACUUAAAGACUCUCAGAAUGGAAAAAAAUGUCCAGAAAAUAUUGGACGCAAAACCUAGUUUGCCAACUCUCUCAAGAAUAGAGAUCCAAGCGCCUCAAAAUGGCCUUACACACGCAGGGUCCAUCCCAGCCAUGGAGAAGUCAGGGCACAUGGAUGUGGCUGAAGCUUUAGAUCUCAGUGAAAAGCUGUACACGGAUAUGAGCAAAACUCUUGGGAGUCUGAUGAACAUCAAGGAUAUGUCAGGUCACGUGUCCAUGAAAUACCUCUCCCCGAAAGAGAGGGAGAGAGUCAGCCAGCUUCGACAAAGGGACCUUGAUCUGGUUUUCGAUAAGAUCACCCAACUCAAGAACCGGCUGGAGAGAAAAGAGGAGCUUUUGAGAGGAUACGAAAAAGACAUUGAACAGCUCAGGCAGAGCAAAGUGUCUGUUCAGAUGCACCAGUCACAGGUGGCAAAGCUGGAGGACGACAUCUACAAAGAGGCUGAAGAAAAGGCCCUGCUGAAGGAGGCCCUGCAGCGCGUGGAGCACCAGCUGUGCCAGGAGAAGAGGGCUAAUAGGGCCAUCAGGCAACAGAAGGUUGGAUGCAGAAAAGCCACCCCAAAGGUGGACCAAGAAAGAGACAUGAUGAAGGCAGAAGCAUCCAGCAAAUCCAGCAGCCAGGGCCUUCUGUUUUCUAAGCCUGGUGGAAGGAAAUAGAAACGACCUCUCACUGGGCCUGAUCAGUGUGACUCCUCUGUGUCAAAAUACUAAGAUGCUUGUGCAGGACUCUAAGGGUUCUUACCCUGGUGUGUUGCCUCCUAGUCGGGUAUUUUGCACAGUGCUGUAUUCUGGAGUGUGUGGGCAGGGGGAUUCCUUUUAGAAAUACUUACGAACAUAUACAUACUCAGGCACAUGAAGAAUGUAAGUUUGAAACCCACACUCCUAGGCCUGGUAGAUACAGUUAGGUGGUUCCACACAUCACCCUUCCAAAGAGCUCCAGGAAACCCACAGUUGAGGAAACCCAAGACACGUACCGGGACCAUGGGACAGAAUGGUCAAGGCUGCUGGGGCCUGUGAUGUAAUGUAUUUGUGUCAAAGUUUAUUAGAAUAAAUUUAGAAUGCAAAUCUGUUUUAUUGCUUACGUAAUAAUGACUAGCAUUUAUAUGGCACUCUGCAAUUUUCAAAACACUUCUCAUCUCAUCCUCCCCCAAGCCCUGGGAGGUAAAUAGUACUGUGUUCCCUAUUUAUGCUAGAUGAGGAGGCUGAGGGCCAGAGGUUAAAUGGCCUACCUAAAAUCAUACAGCUAGUGAAUUCAAAAGUUGGGCCUGGAACCCAGGUUUCUAGCUCCAUGUCACAUCACCCAUUCUGCCACACCAAGAUGGCCCAGUAGUCCAAGUCCUAGGCCAUAAGGGACAGACCCAGUACCCAGUCACCUAACAGCGGGCACUGCCCAGGUGGACACACCCCUUUUCUCAUGCUGUUUGGAGGGACCCUCAUUUUUCUCGCUCCCAUGUUCUGC